AUGAGGCUUAUGCUCAGACGGGAAGGUUGCAGACCAUUCUGAUCAAAGCUUAAUCGCUUGCAAGUUAGUUGAUGCACAAUGGCUCAAAAAGCUAUUAAAGUAGUAGUAGAGCUGCAUCUCAGGGCGGUAUCGUGUCCUGGCGUGCACCUGACUGCCAAGGACGACAUCUAUAUCAGUCUGAGCUUCAUGAGUCAAUUCCGAAAAUCAGGGUGUCUCCCCCCUGUUUUUCCUCUACUUUUUAGGGAGAAGAUGACGUUUGAGAAGAUUUUCAAGUAUGCAGUUGACCCUGGAGAUGUGGUAGCGAUGCUGGAAGAUGAAACAGUCAAAGUUGAAUUGGUACAGCUUAUUCCACCAGUGGGGGAGACCCUUGCAUGCUUUGAGGAGGAUGCCCGCAGGUUCCUGUUCCCUGAGCCCAAACUGGUCCCCUCCUUCUCUGGAGUAGACCGAGAAGUUCUCAUGACUCGCUCUUUCACCUUCCCUGGAAUUUCUCCAAGGUUUGAGUUUUCCACCAGAACUACCAUAAGCGAGUGCUCGGCCGAUGCUGAAACCAACUUUCACCGGAACGUUCCUCUGAGGUCGGUGCCAAAAAAGCGUUCGACAAAGAGGUCUUGCAAGCAGAAGUGCGUGUCACCCAAAAGAACCGGUUCCCCCUUGCUGGAGAGGAGAAUGGGUAGGAGGGGCAGAGAGCGGCAGAGACUAUCUACUCCGUUGGCACCAGAGAUACGGAGGUCACGUUCCCUCCCCCUGUACGUGGCCGGCCGUCUCAGCGGGCACGGAAACACACAGCGACUGGCCCAGCUCACUCUAGACUCCCUGACAUGCAGCUGGGACGAUGCCUCCUCAGAGACACCUGAUCCUAUGAGAGAGUCCUGGCCUGAAGCCGGGAGCUCCUCCUCGCCCGGUCUCACCCCCCAGCUCCCAGCCAGGCUACACAACCCUUCUCCCGGUUGGCCCAAGUCCAGACAAGGUCAAGGCGGCACAGGAGAUCAAAUCUCUUCCGACACAGAGGAUCCCCUGGGGGACUCCCCAGGUCAUGGGAACCAGCCCGUCUUCAGGGGAUCCAGCCCCUCCACCCUGUGGCGCUCCUACAGGGAACUCUCCAGCCACAACGGGUCAUAUUCCAGUUCUCAUGGAACCUGGGAGGAAAUCCAACAGCGUGUGAGAGGACUCCUCACCACGCCAAGAGCAGUACACAGACUAGCUUUCGGGGCCACACACUCGGAGGUGUGUGAGGUGCUAGCACGGAGGUCCAUCUCACCAGGUCCUUCUCAGAGAACACUAAGGACACCAUGACAAGGAAAGCCUCCAGGAGCGGGACAUCUUAGCCGGCAAAGAAGCCAAAAAGUCCACUUAAUUUCAGUUAAUUAAUUACUAUACGUUUAGUAACGUCAUCAUUCUGUAUGGUUGUGUCCUGAUGUGAUUUAAAUACGUACAAUGGCAUAGUGGAUUCUUGAUGGCACCUGAAUGUAUAGCGUGUUCCAUUUUGUGUAAAUAAACUUUUUAAAUUGAAAA